AAAUCAUCACACAAGGCAAGACUUUUCGCGUCACAUGUAUUUUCAGACAUGACCAUUGGCUAACACUUCCCUCAUAGUUUGGUUGAUUUAACAAAGAAAUCGGUCUUGAUUCUUUCACCGACUUUUAUGAGCCUAGAUAACUUGCAUACCACGUUUUAGAAAACAUCUGGAGUUAUCCCUGUGAUGUCCCUGAACGAGCUCGUGUCGAGAUUUUCAGGAUACUUCCGGAAUCCGCAUUUCCAAUGCAGUGAGCUUUGACUGAGGUCCUUCAGGAGAUGCCAUGGCAACAUUCAGUAGGUGGGAGCUGUUCCAGGAGUUGGCAGUAGGCUGUGUGUUUCCCACUGCUCAGCAGGGCUUUGAUCAAGUAUGGCAGCUCCUCUUUGUAUGCGUGCUGUGUCGCCUUCUCUGUCGGACAGGGCUGCCACCGAGUGUGAAACAUGUGUGCUCGUCAGCUGCGGGGCUCUAUGCCCUGUACCAGUUCUUCGAGCUGCACAUGGUGUGGGUGUUGCUGCUGAGCAUCCUGUGCUACCUCACCCUCUUCCUGGUCUGCUACUCAAACAGUCGCGGCACCUUCCUUUCGCUCGCCAUCCUCAUCUAUCUUCUUGUGGGGGAGCUGCAUUUGGUGGAUGCCACAAUCUGGAUAAAAAUAAGAGGUUCCCAGAUGGUGGUAGCAAUGAAGGCUAUCUCAUUGGCCUUUGAUUUGGACAGAGGGGUCAUUUCUGCUUUUCCUUCACCUGUGGAAUUCAUGGGCUACAUUAUGUUUGUGGGGACAGUCGUUUUUGGUCCCUGGAUCAGCUUCACCAGUUACAAAGAUGCAAUCGAAAGUCGCAAGUUGAAGUUUUCCUGGUUUGCAAAAAUCUCUGGGAGCUGGGUGAAGUGUCAGCUCUGCUUGGUAGUGUCGACUUGCAUUGCACCAUACCUCUUCCCAUACCUGAUCCCAGUAGAUGGAGGUGAAUUUCUGAACAGGUGGCUUGACGCCUACGAGAAUGCAGUGUCUUUCCACUAUAGUCACUACUUUGUGAGCUUCCUGAGCGAGACCACCGCCACACUGGCAGGGGCUGGCUACACUGACCACAAGGACAAUGUCAAAUGGGACAUGACUGUGGCAAACCCUGUAAAUGUGGAACUACCCCGGUCCAUGGUCGAGGUUGUGACGUCGUGGAAUGUUCCCAUGUCUCGUUGGUUGAAUACAUAUGUCUUCAAAAGUGCACUUAAACUAGGAACAUUUCCUGCCAUUUUGGUCACCUACACAGCCAGUGCCUUACUGCAUGGACUUAGUUUCCACCUUGGCGCAGUCCUGUUGUCUCUUGGGUUCAUCACCUAUGUGGAACACGUUCUUAGAAAGCGCUUGGCUGCCAUCUUCAGUGCCUGCAUCCUGUCAAAGACUUGUCCACCUGAUUGCAAUCAUCAAAACAAGAAGGCUCUGUGGGCUAUUGGGAUCAAUUUAACCUUUAGUGUUCUGGCCAUUUUCCACCUGACCUACCUGGGCUCUCUGUUUGACACUGAUAUGGACAACAUGGACCCAGGAGAGGGUUAUCUGGCCAGCCACACCAUCCAAAAAUGGUCAGAGCUGAACUGGUUGAGCCACAAGCUUAUGCUUGGCUGUUUUGUGUUCUACUGGCUCAUAUGAAGACCAUCAGCGGACCUCCUACAAAAAGACUGACCUGUACAGGAGGCGCUGCGUCUUGGGACUCGGCUGACGUCCCACUGAGUGGAGAAUGCAGCAUCCCUCACACUACAGUCAGACAACAGCACCAUUACAAAUCACAGGCCUGUCAAUCAUGCUCGUCUGGAUUUCAACAGUGUAGGUCAAGCAAAGUACCUCAGUGGGGAGUGUGCAGUCAUAUGACUGAUAUUUUCCGUGCUCCACUACUAAGUAUGAUAUAGUCCUCUGUUUCUUUAUGUAUGAUAUUAGAUUUACAGAUUGAUGGAAAAAUCUGGAAUUGGUCUAAUUUGUAUUUCUUGUGGAAGAACUGUAUGUACCAUUUUCAUCAGAUCUUUUUAUUUUUCUAUUAAAUGCUUAAAUGCCCUUUGUUGUUGUUUUUAUAUGCAAAACAUAUAAUUUACUCUUGAAUUAAAGACAUGCAAAAUGA